GUACUGCAGGAGAAGUACGAGCACUUCAUGGACGAACUGCGCAACCAGCAGCGCAACCUGGAGGUCGUCGUCGACUUCUCGAAGCAGCUGCGCGACGGCGGGCAUCCGAACGCGGCGGUCAUCUCGGACAGGACGGCGGAGCUGAACCAGCAGUGGUCUGACCUGAAGGAGCUGGCGCAGGCUAGGCACGAGGCGUUGGAGGGUGCCAAGCAGGUGCACACGUUCGACCAUGAUACGGAUGAGUUGGUUUCCUGGAUACACGAGAAAGAGGCGAUGCUCAUCACAGAGGACUACGGCCAGGACCUUGAUGCCGUGGAAGCUCUGGAGAGAAGACACUUGGCAUUCGAGCAAGACCUUCACGCCGUCGGCGAGCAGGUGGACAGCGUGAAGCAGACGGCAGCGAGGCUCGGCGGGGAGUUUCCGGACGCGGCCGAGCACAUCCGCAGCAAGCAGGAGGAAGCCGGAGAUGCGUGGAGCGCCCUGCUCGCUCAGACCGAGCAGAAGAAGAGCAAGCUCGUCGAGUCCGAGAACCUGCAGUCGUACUUCAGCGACUUCCGCGAGCUCAUGGCGUGGAUUAACGAGAUGAUGGCGAUCAUCACUUCGGAUGAGCUCGCUCGCGACGUCCCCGGCGCCGAGGCCCUCAUCGAGAAACACAAGGAGCACCGGGCGGCCAUCGACAUGAAGAUGGGCGCCUUCGAGAAGUUCACGCGCUCGGGCGAGGACCUGAUUGCGCGCGGACACUUCCUGUCAGACGACAUCCGGGAUAAGAUCCAGAAGCUGGACGGCGCGCGAGACCAGCUGCUGGACACGUGGCGGCAGCGGUCAGUUCUGUACGACCAGAACCUAGACGCACAGAUGUUCAAGCGAGAUGCCGAGGCUCUGCAGUCGUGGCUGCGCGCGCGCGAGCCUGUCCUGCGAGACGCCAACUAUGGACAGUCGGUGAAGGAGGUCGACGAACUCAUACAGCGGCACGAGGACUUUGAGAAGACGGUCGAGUCGCAGCGGGAUCGCUUCCAGGCGCUCAACAGGGAGACACUGGUGGGGACCCUGACAUAUUAUUUUGUCAACCGACUCGCGCACCCGUGCAGUGAGGUGCGAGGAUCGCGCCUCGUGCAGUGA